UGCAGCAAUGGCGUCAUGGUGGGAGUUGAGGUUCUGGGAAAUUGCAGAGGCCUGAAAAGAGCUCAGCGCAGGAAGCAUCUGAUUAAUGAAUGAUUCACCAUUUAGGACCUGGUUAGAGCCUGUGGAUAAUCCUAUGAAUUGAAUUCAUCUGUUUGUAGCUGAGAUUCGCCACGCAAGUUUUUUCCUCUCUCGCCAUUUCUGAUAGCCCGUAGCUCACUGGGUGUGACUGCCAGCGCUGACUAGUAUGCUGCGGCGGAAACCAACACGCCUGGAGCUCAAGCUCGAUGACAUUGAUGAGUUUGAGAGCAUUCGGAAGGACUUGGAGACACGCAAGAAACAGAAGGAAGAUGUGGAAGGUGUAGGAACCAGUGAUGGAGAAGGGGCCACUGGGCUUAGCAGUGACCCCAAAAGCCGGGAACAAAUGAUUAAUGAUCGAAUUGGUUAUAAACCCCAACCUAAGCCCAACAACCGCACAUCUCAGUUUGGAAACUUCGAGUUUUAGAGAUGAAUUCUGCAUGCCAGACCUCUGGAAUGAAAUAAAAUGAUGUCAGAGAAUUUAGAGAA